CCCAGCUCCAUUUCACACUUCACAUCCCUCCCUCCCUCCUGCACAACCUCCCGCCAUCUCAAACAAACCGAAGAUGGACGCCACCGCCCUCCUCCUCCGCCAGGGCUGGCGCGGCACCGGCCACUCCCUCGACACGACGAACCGCGGUAUCAAGAAACCGCUGCUCAUCAGCCACAAGCGCGACACGCUGGGCCUCGGCAAGAAGAAGGCCGCGCACAAUGUCGACGAUCAGUGGUGGAUGCGCGCGUUUGACGAGAGUCUGCGGAGUAUUGGGUCCGGGGCGGAGAGCACGUUGGCGCAGGUGAGGAAGCAGGGGAUUAAUAGGGGUGGGUUGUAUGGUUUUUUUGUGAGGGGGGAGGGGCUUAGGGGGACGAUUGGGGUUUCUGAGAGUACGGCGGCGGCGGAUAGAUCAGGGUCGGGAAAGGAAAACGAGCGCGAGUCUACAGCGACUAGCACGUCGGACACCUCUUCUGAAAGCACCAGCAAGACCGAAAAGAGGAAGGAAAAGAAGAAGAAGAAGGAGAAACAGAAGUCUCCCGAAACCGCAGACCGAAAUUUAGACCUCUCACCCGAAGCCUACCAAGCCAUAACCGCAAAACUCUCCAAACUCACGUCCGAAGAGAAAGCGCAGUACGAAGAGCGCGCACGAGCUAAGAAGCAGACGCUCGAACAAUACGUCCUCCGUCGCAUACAGAAGAAGGAUGAGAAGAAGAGAGAAUCAUCAGCGGAAGUGAAGAUACAGAAGCGGAAGAAAGGGAGGGAAUUGCUGGUGGAAAGUAAACGGGUUAGUGUUGUGGAGGUAACGGCAUAGGGCGCUGGUCGAUGAUAACUCGGUUUCAGAAUAGGGUUGGAUUCGUGUUUGAAUUGCAUCGCAAAGGGCAUAGCAUUGGCGUUGAGGGAUCUUAGCCAGUUCCAUUCGCGAAAUGAGAAAUAUUUUGGAUUACAAGCAGGACUACUCUAUCAAAACACAUCUUCACCCGUAACCUUGGAAGCA